AUGUUUAGACAAACGAAAAAGCGUAUAUCUUCAAGAAGAAACUAUGAUUCUUCCUUCAAUGAAGAUUCAACCAUCAAUGACUCCGCAAUCGACAACGAAAGAGGUAAUUUGGACGGCAAACUAUCAUUUUACCAACAACAACCGCAGGGAGAAAUCACAUUAGAACAAUUUGAAGAAUGGGGAAUCGAAAGAUUGAAAGUUCUAUUAGAAAUUGAAGCCCUCAAUGCAAGAAAUAAAUCCAUUAAAGAGAUAGAAAGCUCCAUAAAACCAACUCUAACCAAAUUUUUGGCAUCUGAAAAGCAAAAGGAUUACUAUUCUCAUUUCAUAUUGAGACUAUGUUUCUGUCGUACAAAAGAAUUGAGAGAGAAAUUCGUCAAGAUAGAGACUCUAUUGUUUAAAAUCCGUUUCAAUAUGUUGAAUUCUAUGGAUCAAUUAAGAUUUAUUAAAUCUCUAAAUUUACCUUCCCUUCAAUUUAUUUCCCAAAACGAAAAAACUAAAUAUUCAAAAGAGUUAUACCAAACAGUAAGUUCCAUAUUACAAUUUCAAUUGAAUUUAACAGACGAACAAUCAAGAGUGAAUUUCUUCCAAAAUGAAAAAUUCAUAAAAUUACCUUUUGAAAAUGUUAUUGAUCUCGUUGGUAACCGUCAGGUCUUUCUAAAAGAUGGAUAUGUGUAUUUACCACAAUUCCAACAAUUGAAUCUAAUUGCCAUGGAAUUUUCUGCCAACUUGGGAAAACAACUGGUAAAGACUUUUCAAUUUUUGCCACGUCUAAAUGAAGACGAUAGAUUGGUACCCAUAUUGAAUCACUUAUCCUCAGGUUAUACACUAGCAGAUUUCCAGUCAAACCAGUUUACUUACACUAGUGAUGAAGAAAUCAAUGCAGAAUCUGUCUGGUCCGAAGAAAUAUAUUUAAAUUUCCCAUUGUGUAUGAAAAAUUUGAUGGAUGGAUUGAAACAAAACCACCAUCUGAGAUAUUAUGGCAGGCAACAACUAUCUCUUUUCUUGAAAGGUAUCGGUCUCAGUUACGAAGAAUCGAUUAAAUUUUGGACAAAAGCAUUUACAGACGGUGGGCACAUAUCGUUGGAAAAAUUCAACAAAGAAUAUCGUUAUAACUUUAGACAUAAUUAUGGUCUAGAAGGUAACAGAAUCAACUACAAACCUUGGGAUUGUCGCACAAUUCUCUCAAAGCCAAGACCCAGCAAAGGUGACUUCCAUGGAUGUCCAUUCCGUGAUUGGUCACCCGAAAAACUGUCAACUGAAUUGUCUGCAAUGAACUUGACACAGUCACAAAUAUCAUCUGUAUUGGAUUCAUGCCAAAAGACAGAAUACACCGUAGCCUUAACUAAGGUCUUUGAAUUCACCCACGGUUACAAGGGUAAUCCGAAUGACUUGGAAAUAAAUGAACAAAACCAUAUAGCACAUCCAAAUUUGUACUUUGAAAAAUCGAGACAAUGGCAGAAAAAGCAAGCUGAUGUGUAA